GUGUCACCGCGGAAACCUCACGGAGGUUGUAUCGAUUGAUUCCGUGCCAGCAUCAUCGGAGUGGUAAGCUGACUGUAUAAGAGGCUCGGAGCCCUUACUUGUAGGUUUUGCACCCAUCACGUCUCGCUCAUAGGGUCAACAUACCCAACUCCAGACAGCUCAGUCGUAAACGCAACCAACACUCCUUCUGUGAACGCAUCGGAUGUUGUAAAGCUUCAACAACGCAAGACAUUGACCCUAACCGUGCAUCGAAGACUCCACAUCGCACCGCCGACCAUGGAUUCCACAUCACUCGAAAAGGCAGCGCAGAUUGUCGGCGUAACCAGCGCAGCCUGCCUUUCUGGCUACAUAGCAUGCUUCAGCUACGCCGCCGUCCCCGCAAUGGCCAUUCCCUCCGCCCCAGCGAAUAUCUUAGUCCGACAAUGGGCCAAAGCCUACGAGAUCGGCUCCAACUCGUCACCUCCGCUCGCCUUCAUGUCUGCAGCAAGCUUCGCAUAUCUGUCAUACGCAAGCACUUCAACACCGCUCCGUAAGCUGCUGUUUGGGAUAGCCUCGCCAAGAUUGCUGUAUGGCCUUGCCGCAGGAUUAGUAGUAUCGAUCGUACCCUACACCUUUGUGGUCAUGCACCCACAGGUGAAUGACCGAUUACACGAGAUUGAAGCGAGGGCUGAGAUGGGAGACGAGUUGAAGGCUGAAGAUGGGGAGGUCAAGGAGCUGCUAAGACAUUGGGUACCGAUGAACUUUGCUCGGGCUGCCUUGACGGGAGCUGGCGCUGUAUUGGGGGCUGUCGCGGUCAUUGCAUUGUAAUGCAUGGGCGGCAAUGACUGCUUCCUAUGACUACAUACCACAAUGCCUAGCAUAGCUUCUUAACUGUAUUCUUAUUAUAUAGCUCCCUCUUGCAUGUGAUUAUGCCGCUAGUCGCUUUCGGCAAACACCCGCAACCUCCGUCUAUAGCAACAAGCAUUGGCUUCAAUGCUGCAGUACGACCUGCG